CCACGCCGAGCAUUCCAAUCCGCCCUACGUUUGAGAGAGAAGAUGGCGACCACCGAGACGCUAAUUCAACGCGCAAAGCUCGCCGAACAGGCCGAACGGUACGACGACAUGGCGAAAGCGAUGAAAACCGUGACGGAGAACAAGGAAGGCGACGAGUUGACGGCCGACGAACGAAACCUUCUUAGCGUCGCGUACAAAAACGUGGUCGGCGCGCGGCGCUCGUCGUGGAGAGUCAUCUCUAGUAUCGAACAGAAGUCGGAGGGAAGCGAUUCGAAACAGGCGAUGGCGAAAGAAUAUCGCGAAAAGAUCGAGUCAGAGCUGAAGGAAAUCUGCAAGGACGUGCUGAAGCUGCUCGAUGAGCAUCUAAUUCCGGCGAGUAAGCAGGCCGAGUCUAAGGUAUUCUACCUGAAGAUGCAAGGCGAUUAUUACCGUUAUUUGGCGGAGGUUGCUUCAGGAGAAAAGCGUUCGGGUGAGAGCCCAGAUUCGAUUUUGUCUGCUCGUUUGUCGGUUUGUUUGACGGGUUUUUUUGACCGUCCAGAGGUGGUAGAUAAAUCGGAGAAAGCUUACGAUCAAGCUCGUGAAGAGGCUGACAAAGAAAUGCCUCCGACUCAUCCCAUCAGACUCGGAUUGGCGCUUAAUUUCUCCGUCUUUUACUACGAAAUCGUCAACAACCAAGCCAAAGCUUGCGAGUUGGCAAAAAAGGCCUUCGACGACGCCAUAGCAGAGUUGGAUAAUCUCAACGAAGAAUCGUACAAGGAUAGCACUCUUAUCAUGCAGCUGCUUAGAGACAACCUCACUCUGUGGACAGCAGAUGCUCAAAACGAAGAGGGCGCUGAAGGAGAUCAAGAAGGCGGAAACUGAUAUAAUUACUGUGGCAUUCUGCUUGCAACAAGACUUGUAAUGAGUUUUGCAUGGUGGCCUUCUAGUGGCUCUGUUACUUGUUUCACAGGCUGAGGAGGAGACCAAUGUAGUUUAUGUGUUGCUGUAGCUUUGCUUGUUGUUAUGUUGUACUUUGGCAUUUGACAAUCCUAGUGGCAUUGUCGUGUGGUCAGAAUAUCACUAAAGACUCUCCUGGCAGGUCAUAUAUCUAGA